CCACAACACAAUGCGGCAUUCUUGAUUCUUGACGAUUGGAUUCUGCUCAACAGCACGCACGGACAACACCCAACGGUAUCGUAUCGUACGUUGCUGUCUCGAAGCCAUCGACGCACACUCCGAAGCUUGUUUCGUCCCAACGACGCGAAGCAAUCCCAUCCCAUCCCACCCCCCUCCACUCCUUCGCGCGACAGCAAAGCACCGCCCGCUCACCAACAUGGCCAAGCCCGCCGUCGACGACAUCGACCCUUCCACCGGCCGGGCCAUCCGGGACAAAAUCCGCAGCGACAUGAACCCCGGAAGCGGCCUCGCGCACAACCACGGAAAGCCCGCAAGAGCCCCCUACGCGUCAAAGAGCGGCAGCGCCGAUCCGCGCGACCAACCGGCCACCUACCUGACCAGCUGCUCCAAGGAAAACAAGGCCUCCCUGCAGUGCAUCGAGCGCAACUACCAGAACCGGGCGGCCUGCAACGAGUUUUUCCAGGCCUACAAGGACUGCCGGAGGGAGGAAAACGAGCAGCGCAGGGCCGCAAAUGCCGAGGGAAGCAGCGGUGGUUGGUUCUGGUAGUGCGAGGCACCUCGGGAACCAGCGCGAGAACAAUGGUUCGUUAGGGGAGCCGGGCACGGGACGGACGGGACGGGAACGAACAACCGAAGAGGGCCGAUCGAGCGAUUCGAUUCGAUCCAAUCCACCGAUCAAUCCAUCAACCCACCCUAUGUCACUUCAAACAAAGCUGUUUCGAAAUCUUGUCUGUUUGCUGUUGGAAAACUUCGAGCCAAAGCUGGUGUCGAAAAGUCUGUCGUGUUUUUUAUAGUGGAGAAACGUGGCGACAAAUGGGACCUUAUCUUCGAAAGUUUCCUUGGAAAUUGGACCUGGCGAAGCGGAUCAGAUCACAUAAACACAAAGCACUUGUUGGCUGUAUCCCAUAAGACAUUUCCAUAGCAACAUUGUACAGAGGUGGCGACCACGAUGCAGUUGUUCCUUGCGAGCGAAACGUUUCAGAUCCAAAAAUAGCUUUGUCGAUCAGAUUCAUUUACUCCUUCGCUCGUUCGGUCGGUCCUUGAUUGGAUUUUUAAAAACCGCAGCAAUUAAACAAAAGAGAGCACAAGAAAACAAGUUUGCCUUUUGUAAAAAAUGGGCGGAUAGCGAUAAAGUUGUAGAAUUUGA